UCCACUGGUGGAAAAUAACUUACAGCAGUAGGCUAGCAAUUCUACUAUUCGGCAAUUCCUUCCUCAGAGACACAGGCCGACCUUUAUUUCUUCCAAAAGCAGCCGUCAGCAGCAACCAUGUUACGCCAAGCAUCACGCCUACUGACUCGAUCCAUCGCCACCACUCAACAACCGAUUAGGGUGAUGGGGGCUCGACCCAUGUCGACGAACUUGCCAGACACACCCGUCCAGGACUCAGCAUUUAUUGAAUCAUGGAAAAAAGUGGCACCAAACAUUGAUCCACCAAAGACUCCAUCGGCUUUUAUGAAGCCUCGUCCUCCUACUCCAUCUACUAUUCCUUCUAAGAUCACUGUCAAUUUUGUUCUUCCAUAUGCAUCAGAGCUCACCUCCAAGGAGGUUGACAUGGUCAUUAUACCAGCAACAACUGGGCAAAUGGGUGUUUUGCCAGGGCAUGUACCUACUAUUGCGGAACUGAAGCCUGGGGUCUUAUCAGUCCAUGAAGGAAAUGAUGUGAAAAAAUAUUUCCUUAGCAGUGGGUUUGUCUUUGUCCACGCAAACUCGGUUGCUGAUAUAGUCGUUGUUGAGGCUGUUCCAAUUGACCACAUUGAUCAGAACUUGGUUCAAAAGGGGCUAGCAGAUUUCACACAGAAGCUCAGCUCAGCUACAACCGAGUUGGAGAAAGCUGAGGCACAGAUUGGUAUUGAUGUUCACAGCGCUCUCAACUCUGCUUUGGUAGGCUGAUGGUCAUUGUGGUCCUGUCUUCAGUUUUUCUCACAAUUCUUCCCUGUCUGUUUGAUCUUGUCUCUAUAACUGAUAAGCUCUGCCGAGAUAUGUUUUUGCUGUGAUUUCCAGAGAUCUAAAUAAAGCCUUAUAAACAAGAAGUCCAAUGUUUUUUCCCUUCCUUCAA